CAGGAGGAGCAGGGGACAGAGCAGGGGUCAGACAGGAGGAAGAGCAGAGAGGGGUAACACGCGGUUAUGUAUCAGCUCCAGCCUCCCCCUGUAGUCUCACAGUACAGUACGUGCCAGUAGCGGGGGCAGCAUGUCAGGAAGAGCCUGGGAGCAGAGGAUACGGAGCAGAAGGAAACGGACAGAACAGGCUCCUCAUCUCGGUCUCUCUCCCUGACUCUCAGCUCCGGUGCCUCCAGCCGCACAUGCCCCACCCUGUCACCCACAUCAGCCCCAGGUACGCGGUGUGUGAGGCGGAAUGAGAACAUGCCGGGCACCAGAGCUCGGGACACAGACUGGACUAUAAGUAACUCCACCAGCAAUUUGGCACCAGUCGCGCACAACAACCGGGUGGAGCACCUGCAAAUGGUACCCGGCCUCCCCCCAGCAGUACCCAGAGUAGAGAGCCCCGUGUUUCCCUCCAGCUGUGCUGCCCUCACCCUCUGCCAGUCUCCCUCACCCCCUGACACUCACUGUCUCCUCAGUCUCCCACCCUGGGCACCCAGCAGCACAAGCAGCCAGCAGCCGCCAUUGGGCAGCACCUAUUUACCUAGAACAUUGAGAAGACAGCCCAGAACACUUCCCUCGACCUUACCUGACCCCCAACUAUAUAACCCAAGACUAUACCUGCCCCACUGAUCCAUCUAAGCCUUUACCUGCCCCUUCAACACACCCUCCCCCGCUGCCUUCCACCCGGGCUAAUCCUCACUCCAGUGGAGCUGCCAUGUGGCUGUCACGGAAGGACCGACUGCUGCUAAUGUCAGUUCUGGCUGUUCUUUUGCUCGGAGAUAUUUACUUUCAUCUGUGGCCGGUGCUGAUGCGGAGGUUCGGACGAGACUGUGGCUGCUCCAACACUGGGGAGGACCCUAACAGCCGGCAGACCUCCAAACUACAACACCUCUUUUCUCACCCCCUGUACCAGCCCCAGGACCCCCUCAACCCUGCCCUCCAAGACAAACUGCUCGACUACCAGGAGACCACCGGGAGAUACAACAGACUCGCCCACCUGAACAGGAAGGAGGAGAAUGAUGAUGCUUGGAACAGCUCCACCCACAUGACAGAGACAACCUAUAAUCUCAGCGCCCCCUGGUUGCAGUUCCACCUGGAGAUCAGCCGAGAGGCUCUGUACCCUCGAUCCAGCAAAACUGUGGAGCAACUCAUUGAUUGGAUGGGAAACGUGCCUAUUUUUAAAGCCGAUCUUACUUCAGAUACAAAGAAACUAAAUGGGGAAUGCGACUGCGAAAAAAUUGUGAAACCAAGCGGAACCCACCUAAAACUGGUCCUACAUUUCCAAGAAUUGGGAAAAGCCAUGUUCAAACCUAUGAGGCAGAGCCGAGAAGAAGAAACCUCAGAAGAUUUUUUUUAUUUUGUGGAUUUACAGCGACAUAACGCAGAGAUUGCAGCCUUCCAUCUGGACAGGAUUUUGGAUUUCCGGCGUGUUCCACCAGUGGCUGGGCGACUUAUGAAUGUGACCAGUGAGAUUCUGGAAGUGACCCCAAAUGAGGAACUGCAAGAUGUAUUCUUUGUGUCUCCAGCGCACAACGUGUGUUUCUUUGCCAGGUGCCCGUAUUCGUGUAAGACAGAGUACGCUGUUUGCGGGAACCCCCACAUGCUUGAGGGGUCACUCUCUGCCUACUUGCCACCACAUUUUUUAGCAUUCCGGAUUUCAGUCCAAAACCCCUGGAAAAGAUCUUACACCUUCACUGGGAAGGAAGAAUGGGAAGUGAAUCCUUCCUACUGUGAGCAGUUGAAGCAGACUGAGCCUUACACCAAUAUGAAGAGGCUUCUGAACAUUAUGGAUCUGGCCAUAUUUGACUUUCUCAUAGGAAAUAUGGACCGCCACCACUAUGAUUUAUUCACCAAAUUCGCAGAUGAUGGUUUCCUGCUGCACAUGGAUAACGCCAGAGGGUUCGGACGUCAUUCAUAUGAUGAAUUAACGAUCUUGGCCCCUAUAUAUCAGUGCUGCCUGGUGAAGGAAGACACGUGGUUACGGCUCAAACUUCUCUCUACGCCAGAGUACAGACUGAGUGAUGUAAUGAGGGAGUCUCUGAGCCGAGACCGACUACAGACCGUACUAACGGAACCACACUUGUUGGCUUUGGACAGGAGGCUGCAGACUGUGCUGCAAGUGGUGGAGGAGUGUGUGCAGAAGCAUGGAAAUGGGUCUGUGAUAAUUAAAGAAAGCAGAAGACAAGCAGUACCCACACGUGUCCAGCAGAGAGCAGUAUAGUGUUUAUAGAUUGUACCAGCAGCAGGGCCAGUGCUCUGGUUCUAAAUACCUUCUUUAUUUUGAAAAAUGCAAACCAUCUGCAUCUGGGAAAAAGAUCUCCAGCCGUGCCAGCUUUUUGCUACAUUUGGCAUUGGCUAGGCCAUUCACCCUCAGGAGCAGUAGCUCUGGGGCACAGACUUUAAUAUUAAAAUCUUUUCUCCAAAA